UUUACAGAACAUUCAAUGUUCAUAUUCGAGGGUGAAGCCACGAAGUGCUGAUUACGAAGCCUGCGACUUUCGAGUCAAUUGCAUCGUUAAAUUGAAAUUUUUUGAUCUCGUUUCUGAUAUUCUACAAUCACCUGUCUCUGUUGCGUGAGGAGCUUGGUGCGUUCCAUUCGUCUCGUUGUAUCAUUUGUAUUGUUGCUGAUCGGAAAUAUUACAUUAAAGCAUCAUGCCAAAAAAUAAAGGAAAGGGAGGUAAAAACAGGAGGAGAGGAAAGAACGAGAACGAAACCGAGAAGAGAGAGUUGGUGUUCAAAGAAGAUGGACAAGAAUAUGCUCAAGUUACAAAAAUGCUGGGUAAUGGUAGAUUAGAAGCCAUGUGCUUUGAUGGGGUCAAACGGUUGUGCCACAUCCGAGGAAAACUCCGAAAGAAAGUGUGGAUAAAUCAGGGAGACAUUAUAUUAAUUGGGUUGCGAGAUUAUCAGGAUGCUAAAGCAGACGUCAUAUUGAAGUACACAUCUGAUGAAGCACGUAACUUGAAAACUUAUGGUGAAUUCCCAGAAACUGUACGUAUCAAUGAUACAGUCACCUUCGUCGAAGAUGGAUUUGAUGAAGACAUCGAGUUUGGUGAUGAAAUUAGUGAUGAUGAUGAAGACGAUGUUGACAAUAUCUGAUGACCCACAGUAUAAUAAUAAAAAAAAAACGUACAUCACGAAAAUGCAUGGGGACAUCUAUCCAUUUCACAAAAUGCGAUUAUGCAACAUCAAAGUUUCCUUCUAUCAAGCUCAUCUUGUCCCCUUCUCUGUGUAUCUAUAAAUUAUUAUAUAUAAAUAAAUUGUCAGUUUAUGAGUAACAUUGUGUUCCGGUUUGGCGUUAGUCGCAAUAGUCGCUUGUGAUAUUUGUAAAUUUUAUAAGAACGCAAGUUCUGUUUUGAUAGCAAAAUUACAGAUGAUAUUUAGCGCAUUGUAAUAAACUUCGCAUUAAUUUCAAGUAUGCCAGGUUAGCAGGUUUGAUCUAUGUUUAUAUAUCUACUGUGUACAGAAUCAAUGUACGUUUGUAACAGUUUCUCUGUAUAUUUUUUUUCUCUCACUUACAUUACGUAUUAUCUGCCAACAUAAUGCAUAUGUAUGUCAUUAUUUAAACAGAAAAUAGAAAUAUCACUGUAUAUUACACAAAUCCUUUUUUAUAUGUUGAAAGGUUUUACUAAAAUAUCCAUUAAGAAGCGGAAAACAAGUUAUGUAGAUCUGAUGAGUCAAACUUUGAUGAUAUAUUAGAAUAUAUAAUUAGUAAAAUUGCUAAGUAAAUGAAUUAAAAAGACAAACUGGGACUUGUUCUCUUAGUGACAGUAAACUUGUCUAUCUUAGUGUUGUUUUAUUAUAGUUUCAAUCGAUUAACGCACACGUUACUGAUAAUAUAGUCUUUGUGCGGCAAAUAAUGUGUAAUCUUCAGAACAUAUGUUUUGUUAUGUAUCAGUGCAAUCAUUCAAUACAUGUUAUUCUUCGUUGUAUCGAAAGAACUAUAAUAUGUACUACAUUUUGGCAACAACGGCUAUUAACAACAACGAAAAUGUACAAGUUACGUCAGGCCUGACCAAAAGCUUGC